AUGGAUGCGGCAACGCGAAGGCAGCUAAAGAAGAAUCGAAAGAAGCUUCUCCAGGCUAAAUUACUCGGUGAAUCAUCAGAAGAAAAACAUGAGGUUCUUCCCGAGAAAAAGCCAAAGAAGAAGGCUCAGCCAAAGGUAGAGCCCCCAAAGGAGGAGUCAGAGGAAGAAGAAACUUCUGAAGCCGAAAAUGAACAGAAUGAAGUCGAAAUCGGCCAAGAAGAGCCGCUCGAAAGUGUUGGUCUUUCUGCACCUUCGAAUGAUGACGAUGAGUACAUCAGAGAUACUCACGGUGGCCUGAAGGUCAGGAAAAUUGAUCUGAACAAAGAAGUGGAUACAUCUUGGGACUCGUUAUCAGAAAAGGUCUCCGAGAAGACUCUUGAGGCUAUCACGAAAGGAAUGGGUUACUCAAACAUGAUGCCUAUUCAAGCCCGCUCGAUCCCUCAUCUCCUCACUGGCAAAGAUGUUCUCGCAGCUGCAAAGACUGGUUCUGGAAAAACUUUGGCCUUUUUGGUGCCCAUUGUAGAGCUUAUCACAAAGUUAAAAUUCAUGAAUCGAAAUGGAACCGGCGCGAUUAUCCUUUCCCCCACUCGUGAAUUGGCGAUGCAGACCUUCGGUGUCUUGAAAGAAUUGAUGGAGAACCACUCGCAAACAUUUGGUCUCAUCAUGGGUGGCUCAGACAGAAAGGCCGAAGCCAAGAAGCUGCAGAACGGAAUCAACAUCCUUGUCGCCACCCCUGGUCGUCUUCUUGAUCAUCUUCAGAACACUGCCAACUUUAUGGUCAAGAAUCUGAUGUGUUUCUGUAUUGAUGAGGCCGAUCGAAUUCUCGAAGUCGGAUUCGAGGAAGAAAUGAAGUCGAUUGUCAAGCUCAUUCCCAAAAAACGACAGACGAUGCUUUUCAGUGCCACUCAAACGAAGAAAAUCGAAGACUUGGCUAGAAUUUCUCUAAAGAAAGUUCCCGUCUACAUUGGCGUUGAUGAUGACAAAUCCACGGCGACCUCUGAAAUGCUCGAACAAGGAUAUGUUAUGUCAGAAGGCGACGCGAGGAUACGAAUUCUAUACACCUUCCUGAAGAAAAACAAGAAGAAGAAGAUCAUGGUCUUUUUCUCCUCUUGCAUGAGCGUCAAAUUCCACUAUGAGCUCUUCAACUACAUCGAUAUCCCUGUCCUCUCAAUUCACGGAAAACAGAAGCAGUCGAAGCGAACUUCGACCUACUUCCAGUUCUGUAACGCUGAAACAGGCAUUAUGUUCUGUACUGACGUCGCUGCUCGAGGUUUGGAUAUCCCAGCCGUCGAUUGGAUUGUCCAGUACGAUCCCCCAGAUGAUCCCAAAGAAUACAUCCACCGAGUCGGUCGAGCUUGUCGUGGAGACAGCAAGAGCAAAGGCCAUGCUCUUCUCUUUCUUAGACCGGCAGAAAUUGGCUUUCUGCUCUAUUUGAAGAAAGCGAAAGUUCCCCUCUCUGAAUUUACAAUUCAAGAGUCGAAGGUGGCAAACAUCCAAAAUCAGCUUGAAAAACUGCUGAAAACGAAUUAUUACUUGAAUCAGUCGGCGAAAGAAGGAUACAAAAGUUGCGUGAGAGCAUAUGCCUCUCAUAGCUUGAGGAAUGUCUUCGAAGUGCAAACGUUGGAUUUGAAGAAAGUGGCAAAAAGUUUUGGCUUUGACACACCUCCAUGGGUUGAUAUCGGAGUUGCUGGAGUAAAGAGAAAGGGCGAAAAAGAUGGCAGGAAAGAAAGGAUGAUAUCAAAAAAGAAGCGAGGCGCCAAGAUAAGAAUGGGGGAAAGGAAGAAGGUUGUGGCUUGCAAGCAGCUUGAAGCCAAGCACCAGAAAAGAUGGGACGAAUCUAAAGUCUUUGAGGCAAAUGCUCCUAAGCCUGGCACGGCCGAAUGGAACCAGGAAAAGCACUUUACCUGUUUCCCCUACCCAUACAUGAACGGUCGACUUCAUCUUGGCCACACUUUCACCAUUACAAAAUGCGAGUUCGACACUGGCUACCAGCGAAUGAAAGGCAGAAACGCCUUCUUCCCAUUCGGCUUUCACUGCACAGGAAUGCCAAUUGCAGCCGCUUCCGACAAGAUCAAGCGUGAAAUGCAAGACUUUGGCUGCCCACCCGUCUUCCCAACCGCUGUGGAAGAAAUCAAAGAAGAAGUAAAGGAAAUCAAGAUCGUCGACAAGUCGAAAGGAAAGAAGUCAAAGGCUGUUGCCAAACAAGGAUCCGCCAAGUAUCAAUGGCAGAUCAUGCAGGCCCUCGGCUUUCAGGAUGACGAGAUCGCCAAAUUCGCCGAGUACGAUACCUGGCUCAAUUAUUUCCCUCCUAUGGCGAUGGACGAUUUGAAGAAGAUGGGACUCAAAACAGAUUGGCGACGAUCGUUCAUCACUACCGAUCGAAAUCCCUAUUAUGACUCGUUUGUGCGAUGGCAAUUCAAGCAUUUGAAAGCAAAGAAGAAGAUUGCUUUCGGUAAACGACCGUCCAUUUUCUCUCCCAAGACAGAUCAGCCCUGUAUGGAUCACGAUCGAGCUUCGGGCGAAGGUGUCGGACCUCAGGAAUACACUCUCAUCAAAAUGAAGCUCGUCGACUUGAUGGACAACUCAAAAGUCCCACAGUUCGCUGGCAAAAACGUCUUCUUUGUCGCCGCUACUCUCAGGCCAGAAACCAUGUAUGGACAGACAAACUGCUGGAUUUCACCUGAUAUCACUUACGUAGCCGUUGAAGCCCGUGAUGGCUCCGUAUUCGUCUGUACUCAACGCGCUGCUAGAAACAUGGCAUUCCAAGAGCUUUUGAAAUUAGACAAGGAGGUCAAGCCCGUUUGUCUCAUUCCAGGACGCGACUUGAUGGGAGCAAAGUUGAAGGCGCCACUUUCUCACUACGAUCAUGUCUAUGCUCUUCCUAUGCUCACAAUCAAAGAAGGCAAGGGUACUGGUGUUGUAACGUCAGUGCCAUCGGACGCUCCUGAUGAUUUUGCUGCUCUUACUGAUUUGAAAAACAAAGAGCCAUUGAGGCAAAAGUAUGGAAUCACCGACGAAAUGGUCCUUCCUUUCGAUCCUGUUCCGAUCAUUGAAGUUCCUGGUUACGGAUCGCUCUCGGCCGUCGAGGCAUGCAAGAAACACAAGGUCAAGUCACAAAACGACAGCGCCAAACUUAUGGAGGCAAAAGAAGAAGUCUACCUCAAAGGAUUCUACGAGGGCGUCCUCAACGUUGGCAAAUAUGCUGGCACCCAGAUUCAGAAAUGCAAGGACGCAAUCAAGGCCGAUAUGAUCGCAUCCAAGGAAGCAAUCAAGUACCUCGAGCCCGAGAAACAAAUCAUUUCCCGAGCGGGAGACGAGUGCGUCGUCGCCAUUUGCGAUCAGUGGUACUUGGACUAUGGCGAGCCCGAGUGGCGAAAGAAGAUCGAGGAGUGCCUCGAAGGCAUGGAACUCUAUUCAUCCGAUGUUCGCAAUAAUUUCAACAAAACAGUCGACUGGCUUCGCGAGCACGCAUGCUCUCGCACGUAUGGUCUGGGCACGCGGCUGCCGUGGGACGAGUACUGGCUCAUUGAAUCGCUCUCAGACUCGACGAUUUACAUGGCGUACUACACCGUCGCGCAUAUUCUCCAAGGAGGAACCUACAAGGAUGGCCAGUACUCGCCCAACUUCAACGGACAAGCGGGCUCUCCAUUCGGUGUCAAAGCUGAAGAUAUGACUCCCGAAGUUUGGGACUACAUCUUCCUCAACGGACAGAAACCAACAACUGCCAUCAAGUCUGACGUCCUUGAAAAAAUGAAGAACGAAUUCAACUACUGGUACCCAGUAGAUUGCCGUGUCUCCGGAAAGGAUCUUGUUCAAAAUCACUUGACGUACUUCCUCUACAAUCACGUGGCCAUGUGGGAAAACGACAAGACCAAGUGGCCGCAGUCUGUUCGAGCAAACGGACACUUGCUCUUGAACGGCGAGAAGAUGUCCAAGUCAACAGGCAACUUCCUUACUCUCACCGACGCUAUCGAAAAGUAUUCCGCUGAUGGUAUGCGAUUGGCCCUUGCUGACGCUGGUGACUCUGUUGAAGACGCCAACUUUGUCGACAAGACUGCUGAUGGCGCUGUCCUUCGUCUCUACAACUGGAUCGACUUCGUAACCGAUGUUGCAAACAAAAAGCCGCAGCUUAUCCUAAAAGACGGCCCUACUGACGAGCGCUUGAUUGACCGCGUCUUUGAGCACGAAAUGCGCCGUGCGGUCAAACUUACUGACGCUGCUUACUCGAAGAUGCUUUACAAAGAGGCGAUGAAGGAAGGCUUUUACAUUCUUCAGGGCGUCCUGAACAAGUACAGAGAGAUCUGUGGAGCCGAGGGAAUGAACGCCAAGCUGGUCGACCGAUUCAUCGAAGUCCAAACUCUCCUUAUUUGCCCGAUUUGUCCUCACAUCGCCGAAGAAGUCUGGGAGAUUACAGGAAAGAAGGGCUUUGCUGUUUCAACUCCGUUCCCAGAGAUUCUCGAAUACGAUCCAAUUCUGAUCGAGUCGUCUGAGUUCUUGGCCGAGACGGUUCGAGACGUCCGACUCAAACUCAAGGACCGACUCCAGCCAAAGAAGGGCAAGGCGCCAGCAGAAACGCCAACAAACUGCACGGUUUACGUUGCGAAAGAAUACCCAGCCUGGCAACGAGUCUGCCUCGGCGUACUCAGAGAAGGCUUAGAGAAAAAUGGCGAGUUCUUUGACAACAAGGCGAUCGCUGCUCGAAUGAAGACCGAGCCAGACGUCAAAAAGUACAUGAAAAAAGUCAUGCCCUACAUCCAAAUGGUCAAGGAGCGGCACGAGGCUAUUGGAAAGCGAGCGCUGGAUUUGACAAGUCCUUUUGACGAGAUGAAGGUCUUAAAUGAGAGCAUGGGCUACAUGACCAGCGCGCUUGAACUUGGCAUCGACAUUAAAUAUUCAUCGGAAGGCGACAAUGUCAUCCAAGAAAACACAUACCCUGGCCACCCUACAUACAAUUUUUUCAAAGUUCCAUCAGUUCACUUUGAAUGCGUGAAUGCCCAGCCUGGUUCUGGACAGUUCUCAGUCUUUAUGAAUGUAAAAGAAGGCGACUCAGUUGCCCAACUGAGACAGACCAUCGCCAAGCAGCAAAAGAAAGAAACGAGCCAAGUGCGAAUUUACCGGUACGAUAGCUACGAAGCUAGUAGACGAAUUCCAAACUUGAAUGAAAUUAUGAAAGGAAAGGUUCAAGUCGAAGACGGCGAGCAGUUCAGCAUCAACGUCGACGAAAAGAAAGUGUUUAUCGGAAAGCAGGAAGUCUUUGAUCGAUUGGUUUACUUUACUGACUAA